CGUUCCAUGGUGUUCUUCAAGGAAGCCAUAGAACACAUCGCAAGAGCGGCCAGGGUCCUCCGGCAGCCGGGGGAGUCACAUGUUACUGAUUGGAGUAGACGGGUGUGGGAAGGAAGCGUGUGCGACCCUGGCGUGUCACCUGAUGGAAUGCAAGCUGUCCCCCGUGCCCUCAGCUCACAGUCAGGCCCAUGUGGAGUUCAAAGAAGCCCUCAAAAGGGGGGUUAUCCAAGCAGGAUUAGAAGGGAGCCCCACCGCUUUGAUAGUGGCUAACAUAAACCUAAAGCAGGAGUCAUUUUUGGAAGAUUUGGACAGCGUUCUCAACUCGCAGAAAACCCUUGACUUGUUUGAAGAUGACGAGCUGGGCUCCGUCGCGCUACAGAUCCGAUCCUUUGCUGAGCCGUCUGGUUCUGUUGACGACAGGCAGUCUUUACUCGGACUCUUCCAGAAGAGAAUACAUAAAAAUCUUCACGUCUUUGUGACCGUGAGUCCCACAGGACCCAGCUUCCGCCGGCAGUGCCAACUGCGCCCUUCCGUGGUCACCGCCUGCACGGUGGACUGGUACGGGGAGUGGCCAGAGGAUGCCCUCCUCGCUGUGGCCGAUUCUUUCCUAAGAGAGAAGGUGGACUUAGGCAGCAGGGAGCACUUAAAGGAAAAACUCACCUCGACGUGUGUCCAAAUCCACAAAAGCAUAAAAGACUUGAACACAAAAUACUUUCAGAAAACCGGACGGCGUAAUUACGUCACUCCCAACAGCUACUUGCGAUUCAUGGAUACAUUUGCUCACAUUUUGAGGUCACGCCAGAAGGAAAUGCAAGCAAAGAGGAGUCGUUUGCACAUGGGCCUGUCCAAGAUCCUGGAAGCCAGCGCUCUGGUUACAGAAACACGGGAGGAGCUCUUGAUUCUUGGCCCUCAGAUAGAACAAAAAACAAAGCCCUCCGAGCCCUCCGGUGGAGCCCGGCAGGAAUUCUGCUCGGUGCAGCUGUCGGCCAGCUGCCCCCCUGGGCUGCUCGGGCGCACCUGCUCGGAGGGCAUGAAGGGUGUCUGUGAGAACCUGACCCCCCACUUCCUGGUCAACAGAAGGACUUUCCACAGAAAACCCGGGUUCUGGAUGCAGAUGUCGCCAGCCUCGUUUCUCUGCCACUACCCACCGAGCUCUGUCAGAACCGCCAGAGAGAUAAGGAGUGUGCUGCCAGCUCUGGACAAGGCCACCGUGGCCCUGAGCACCCUGGAUAAAGCCGACAUCACCGAGCUAAGGUGGGGUGACAGCGGUUGUGGGGCCGCUGCCUGUGCCCACGGGCUGCAGGGACGCAGGGACACGCGCCUGGUGCUGCAGCCCCCCCCGGGACCCACCGCCCUGUGCCCGAGCCCAGGCGCCUACUGCGCGGGAAGCCAGGAAGGACCAAUGCGAGCUGCUGACGCCAUGAUGGCUGUGGCCUGUGAGCGCGAGGGGGUGGCCGGAGUCGGCAUGGGACGGGAGCCGCGCCCGGGCCUCCCCAGCGUCACCCGCCCUAGUGUCGCCUUCCCGCUACUCGGACUAGGACACAGCGAGAGGCGGCCUCCGGUGUUGCGUGUGGAACUUGGACCCGUGCGCUCCACUGGAAGGCGGUGGUGCAGCAGGCCCCACGCCCACACGCGGCAGGGUUGCCGGGAGCGUCCGGGGACAGCAGCCCGCCGCGCCGCCCACGUUGGAAAACGCCUCCACCGAGAAUCUCUGUAA